ACCCUUACUUUGUCCAGACACAUUCAUUCCGAACUACCAAGGGUUGUGGGGUGCAGCGAUCAUGUAUUCCAGCUCUUCGUCUUUAAAUGAUCUAGUCAUGUGACUUCAACUGGCGUGGUUUGUUUACUGCGCCGGCGUGAUUGGGAAAGCUUAGGCUUGUUGGUAGGCUGCAAUGUGAAAUAUUUUGUUUUGUUUUUGAUUUUGCUUACCAUAAUUAUUGCUUUCUGUUCAAGGCGGGACGUAAGUUUUCAAGUGAUAAUUUAGAAAGUAAAAUUAUAUUUGGCAUACUUUGAAAAAGAAAAGUGAACUGCACCUGUCGAAUGAGGAAGCCUCUCUGUAGCCUAGCCGAAUAACAAAGACAGAAGUGCAACAGUUUCCAGGUAGGGAACUACUAAAGACAGCACUGUGACAAGGUGAAGCAGUAAAGGGACUGUUGUUGCGUAGUGUGACUUCGGCUGUGGUGUACCCGUUGUGACGGUUUGCAGCUUUUUCAGUUUGGGUAUUCUUGCCCCUGCUGUUGUGGUCUCUGCUCCUUUAUGUCAUCAUUGAGGAAAUUAUUAUACAACUUUCGGUGGGGAUGAGUAGAAGUUUACUCGAACGGAGACAAGUAGGAAAUCUGACUUAAUGUAACUGAACUUUUAAGAGAAUGUAUUUGCACGCUUGGAUUUUAUAUUUAGUUUGGUGAUUCGUGGCAAAAAAUGGCUAUGAUAAUGAUCAAAUGUUUACCAGCCCUGCUAACUGUGGUGCUUUUGGCAGCUGGGACCGUGGCCCAUUUCGAACCUACGUCUAAGCAGGUGGUGCAGAAGACAGCCGAGUUCAACGUAAUUUAUUCAGACUUUGUCAAUAGCGAGCUGUUGCACAUUUAUGCCUUCAAUCGUACUGUAACCAGAAACAGGACAGAAGGAAUUCGUGUGUCUGUCAUUGUCAACUCCACAAAGAAUGAAACACCCGUUCUUUUUGUUGUUCGUCAAUUGCAGGCUGUGGUUUCCUUUCCGAUACCAUUGGUUCUUCGGGGACUUUAUCAAAGAAAGCACUUUUAUCUGGAUGUCAGCCGCACCCUGUGUCAACCAGAGACCAAACUACUAACAGAAACACAGUAUUUCUACAUGGAUGUGUCAACGUUGUCCAACAGUAAUAUCUCCUUUCAGCUUCAGGCCCAGCGAGUGGAGAAAUUCUUACUACACACAAACGAACCUUUUAACUUCACUGCCACACCUUCUCAACCUCAGUUUUUUAUUUAUAUAUUUCCAGAGGGGAUUGAUCUGAUUGGAGCCUGUCUGGUGAAGGUCAACAAAGAGAAAUCUUUUCCUGGGUCAUUGCAGGCCUUUCAGGACUCCCAAUGCCCAGUAUAUGACCUGGACAACAAUGUGGAGUUCAUUGGGAUGUAUCAGACUAUGACUGAAAAGGCUGCUAUCACAGUUCAGAAAAAAGAUUUUCCAAGAAGUAGUUUCUUUGUUGUGGUUGUCGUGAAGACUGAAGAUGAGGCCUGUGGAGGCAGACUGCAUUACUACCCAAUAACUCCUGAGGAGCAACCAAUUCAAGGAAACCGGAGUAAGCUGCUUACAGUGACUGUUACUCCUGCCAUUAGCUCUGAGUUGUACGUUGGAAGUGUACUCUUCUGCCUCGGAGUAUUCCUGUCUUUCUACCUGCUGACGUUUGUCAUCUCUUGCAUUGAACAGUGGAGGCAACAGAAGAAAGGGGGAUUGUUGACAGCAGUGAUUGGCACAUCACCAGAUGAGAAAGCGUCACUUCUGGGCAAAGCAGUGACUCCAGACUCUGUCUUAGGAAGUUCGUUUGAAGGUUACAGCUAUGGCUCUUUGGGGAACAGUUCCAACUUCAGCUCAGAAGCAAUUACUGACAGCAUGACUUCAGGAGAAGCAGCCAUUGCUGAGUACAACUGCCCAAGCAGGGACCGUCCUGCACAAAGAGGGAUAGGUGGCACCCCUAACUGUAAUUUCAUUGUACAGAUACUUGGAGGUCGUCCUAUGGAGAAUGUUACCUGUCGUCCACGUCAUGACUCACAGAGCUCAGUAGAGGAAGAUGAAUAUGAUACUUUAGCAGACAUCGACUCUGAUAAGAAUGUUAUCAGAACUAAGAAAUACCUCUGUGUUUCAGACCUGUCCCGAAAGGACAAGAGAGUCCUGAACAAGAAGUAUCAAAUCUAUUUCUGGAACAUUUCAACCAUUGCAGUUUUCUAUGCAUUACCAGUCGUACAGUUAGUGAUCACAUAUCAGACGGUUGUGAAUGUUACUGGCAAUCAAGACAUUUGCUAUUAUAACUUCCUUUGUGCACACCCUCUGGGAGCCCUCAGUGCUUUUAACAACAUCCUAAGCAACCUUGGCUAUGUCAUGCUGGGCCUUCUUUUCCUUCUCAUUAUCCUUCAGAAAGAUAUUACACACAGACGGGCACUGAUACGGAGCGACUAUUAUGCACUGGAGUGUGGUAUACCAAAGCACUUUGGCCUGUUCUACGCAAUGGGUACAGCCCUCAUGAUGGAGGGUCUGCUUAGUGCCUGUUACCAUGUCUGCCCAAACUAUACAAACUUCCAGUUUGACACUUCCUUCAUGUACAUGAUUGCUGGGCUCUGCAUGCUGAAGUUGUAUCAGAAACGGCACCCUGAUAUCAACGCCAGUGCCUAUACUGCUUAUGCAUCUCUUGCUGCAGUUAUCUUCUUCUCAGUUCUUGGAGUGGUGUUUGGAAAAGAUAACCUUGUGUUCUGGAUUGUCUUCUCCAUUAUCCAUGUUGUUGCGACUUUGUUGCUGAGUACACAGUUAUACUACAUGGGACGCUGGAAAUUAGAUACUGGCAUUUUUAGACGAAUUAUUUAUGUUGUUUACACAGACUGUAUCCGUCAGUGCAGUGGUCCAACAUAUAUGGAUAGGCUGAGAGUUUUAGUAAUGGGCAACCUAAGUUCAUGGAGCUUAGCUACCUAUGGGCUUAUUAUGAGACCUAGUGAUUUUGCCUCGUAUCUCCUGGCCAUUGGUAUUUGCAACCUAUUACUCUACUUUGCUUUUUACAUUAUUAUGAAGUUACGAAGUGGAGAACGGGUAAAGUUUAUCCCGUUAAUGUGCAUUCUUUUCACUGCAGUGGUAUGGGGCUUUGCACUUUUCUUCUUCUUCCAAGGACUUAGUACAUGGCAGAAAACACCAGCAGAAUCUCGAGAACAUAACAGAGACUGCAUCCUACUGGAUUUUUUUGAUCACCAUGAUGUGUGGCACUUCCUGUCCUCCACUGCAUUAUUUGGUUCAUUUCUGAUCCUGCUGACUCUGGAUAAUGACUUGGAUACUGUACAAAGGGAUAAGAUUUGUGUUUUCUAAACUUUAAAAUAACAUAAUUUCCUUUGAAAAUUCAGCUGAUUAUUUUACUUCAGAUGUGGUUUAUUGUAAUGCGUGUGAGGUCUUGACCUCAGCAGAGCUGCUACACUGUUCACUUUCUACAUGUUUAAGAAUGCUGGAAUUUGAAAGAAACCAGCCUGAAGUUCUAUGAUUUCCUGAGGUAAUGAAGAACACAGUGCUGACUUGAUGCUGUUUGGCCUGUCAGUUCCUGAUGCCAUGAUGUUCAUGGAUUGCAGAUGAUCUUUUGAUGUCAUGAAGUUCACAAAUUACAGGUGACCUUUGGAUUCUACCAGCUGGCAUUAUUGUAACUGUGAUAUGGAGGCAUCAUUCCAUUCCUUUCCAGAAAUAAUGUGAAAACAGUCAUGGUAAGCAUUUGCGCUUCUGCAAAGCAGGACCUGUGUCUCAUAACUGUUCAGAGUAUCCAGAUUUAUUUGUGGAUUGUGGAUGACCAGCCGCUGUUCCAAAGUGCACAUAAAUGACAUGAGCUGGGAAAUGGGGUACAUUCAGCUACAGUGGAUGCACAUUCUGUUAGCCCAGACAUAUUUCUUUUUAAAGAUUAAUUUUGCUUUUUAAAGUCUCACUUGAUGUUUGGUGUUUAUGCAUUAACUAUGUUGUCCAAAAUCUGCCUUCAGAAUAUUGCAGUGUUUGUAACAGUGCAACUUGCAGGGUUUGUAGUUCUAAAUCUGUGUAUGAGUGAAGAGGGAGAAUACUAUGGGUUUAUUUUGAAAUCCAAAAUUAUCUUCAUGUGUCUGUCAUUUUGUAUGUGUAAGGAGUGGAGCACGUUGAUCUAAUUUUUUGCCUCUUUAAAACUGGGAACACUGACUGGCAAACCAGUGGGUUAGCGAGUUUAACAGUGCCUUCCAUGCUGCUGUAUUGAGAGGAUCACUUUUUCUGUGAAACAGAGUAAAUGGAAUUAGAGAGCGUACCUUCCUUCCACUGCAGCUUUCACAGCCUUCUUCAUGUUUACGUACAUAGUUAAUUUUUUUCUUUGUUCUUAAUCGUUGCAGUGAAACUUAAACUCUGGAGGGUGCAUUUGUUCACAGAAAUGUGAUCAGUGUGACUGUACUUGUGCAGAACAUCACAGUCUGGUAGCUUCUGCCUUUUGUUUUUACCCUGCAACAUUCUGGCUUGGCUACUUUGGUUAUGUAGGUAAUAAUGAUUAUUUAAUUUGAUUCACCAUUCUGCAGUAAUUUUCUAUGUAUGUCUGUAUCGUCCUUUUUCAUUGCCUUGUGUACUUGCAGAGAUCCAAUGAGUUGUAUUCCCAUGAAUAUAUUUAAUCUAAUUUAAUUAAUCUAUUUAUGUAUUUCUACCUGUUCACUAGGAUAGUUCCAUUUUCGGCAGAAGCCUUGGAAGAAAAAGUGCAGUGCAAAAAUUAGACUAGAAUUUUACAUUAAGGUUCAUAUAACAUACAAAUUGAGGUAUGGGGCAUGAUUUGAAUAAUUUAUCACAGUUUAAAGCUACUUGAAUGUACAGUUAAUGAUAUCAAUUGUGGAGAACAUGUCUGUAUACUCUUCUGCAGAGGAUACUGAUUAGAAGCCCUAUAAGCAGCUACAAUCUUACAUGGAAAAAAAUGGUAGCUGUGGAGAAAUCAUUGAUGUGCCUUUUUAAAUAGAUCUUGAAGAUUGUUCCUUUAAUUGUACUGUGUUUGGUUGUGUUAUUUCUGUAGUGGAUUUCGCCAAACUGAAACUUUUAUGAGAAGUAACAGUCACAGUUUAGGACUUGCUCUUUUUGUCAGCAUCCGUCUUUGCAUGAAAAUGCUCCCUUGUGUUUGCAGUGGGUGCUUCAUAAUACAGGUGUUUUUUGGAUCCAUUUUUAGGCAGCACAUUUGGUAUAGUGCAGUACUAUUUGGGAUUUCCAGGUUUCACACUUUUAUUGCAUUUGUGCCUGCUAAGAGAGGAUAAAUUGUUUUUCUUUGCAAAGAGAGGGAUUGUUUGAUAUCUUUUGUUGGCUACUUGAAGCAGUGAUGGAUAGAUGUUGUAGAUUUUUGUAGUCAACUUCUGCAGAGUGGGAUGACACGAGUAAAAGUGCUACAGUAAUACAUGAAAGUACCUUAAGGAUUCUAAUUCCUAUGCCAAAGUCAGAAAUUUAAGUUUGUAGCUAAAAAGAAUUAUGUCAGACUUGUUUGGCAAAUACAUUGCAAAUUUGGAGACAAAUUUGUCAUCAGAAGAAUGGCUUGAUGAGGUAUGUAUUUUAGUGAUCACCACAAUUGCGUUUUAACUUUUUGCACACCAUUAGUAACAAAGAGUUGAUAAUUUCAAGAACUUAAAUAUGUUUACAUAUAUAGCUGCUUCUAUCCCAUUUGUACAGCUGCAUUAAUAAAGUAUUUGUCCGUAUGACUAAUGGAAAUGACAUUUCCAGUGGUCAUGUCUUCAUAUUAUAGUAGCAGUUUAACAGAAUUAUGAAGUAGAGAUACAAGAACUAUUAGCACAUAUUUGUGUAACAGACAGUAACUUUAAACAGCUUAUUACACUUUCAUUAGUCAAAACAUUAUCAGAAAAAAAAAUCUGACUACUCCAUUCUGUCUGCAAGCCCUUGUUUUAUUCAGGGCAUUUGCACUCCAUGUCUGUAUAGUUGUAAAGAACUACCUCAGUAUUUAUUCCUGCAGUUUUAAGUUCGUCUCCAUUUCCUGAUUUUGUGGCAUCUGCUGCCUUUAUAGAUGAGCAAAUGAUAGGGAUAACUACUGCAGUAAGUUUAGUAAAAACUGUGUAUUGUAUGUUGAGUGGGGUGAGUCACAGAAAAGAGAGAACGGUCUCCUUUGGGGAGGGAUAAACGCAACAUUUUAAAAUAAUAUUUUAUCAUUUGGAAAGUACCCAUAUAACCCUAGGAAUGGUGCAACAGGCCCAUUCCCUUCUGGAAAGUGUAAGCAAGGACUGAUGUUAUGUUAAGUAAAUGAAGAGAAUUAGAGUGCUUCCUUUUCGUGUCUAUGUAUACCAUGCAAACCUAAAAUUUCAGUUGUGUGUAAUUGUAAGCAACAUUCUAUCUUCCAUUUAAAGCUGAAGUAUGAAUAUGGGAAGUACUGAUGCACAGGAAGCUGUCUUCGUCAAGUCUUAUGGAAACUUCUUAUAAUGGCUGUGUACAAGCAGCAGUGAGAAUGUUCCACUCUGUAACAGAGAGUCAUUCAGGGAAUUGAUCUUUAACUUAUAGCUGCAUCCAUGCGCAAGGUUAUCAAGAAAGCAAGAAUGUGUUUAAGAAUCAGGGAGCAAGUUUAAAUGUGGAUGCACUGAUGCACUAGAGUAGUUCACAUUAUUUGUAAAUGAAAAAGUUGUUUUAGUUUUUUUCCAAAUAAAACAACCUGAUUAUAAGAAACUCCAUUAUUUAUUUUAGCCUUAAAAAUGUCUUCUGUCUUGGAAUUGGGGCUGUCGUAUUUGAAAUUUACUAGGCUGUGGCUAUAAUUUUAUGAUAGUGUGAUUUGUUUCAGAAAAAAAUAAAAACAGACUGUGACCAGGGAUAAUGUAGAUAUUCACAAUUUUUUUUUAAAUGUCACUGCCCACAUGUGGUUAUUAUUAUUAUUUAUUUAUUUGUGGUGGGCAGUUAACUGUAUUUGGCAUGUCAAAUCUGUUUAUUUUUCUGUCCACCCUUUCUUUUAACUGAUUCUGUCUAACUAAAUGCUGUCCUGAAUUUCCUUUCUCCAAGUUUUCUAUAACCAAUCAAUGCCACAUCUGCUCAGGCUCUUUUAUGAUGUGGUGGUGAAGAAGUAGGCAUAGCUAGAAGACAGGUAUAUGUCAUAUGGACAGGUGUGGGAGGUUGGCGUAAUGGUUAAGGUGCUUACCUUAGAAACACAAGGUACAGGGUUUGAUUCUGACAUGGGGUAAUUGGCUAGGCUUAAAAUGGCCCAUAAGGGCAGUUAGCCUAAUACUAACCUAUGGAAGUGCACGCGCACACAACAGGAUGGAUUCUGUCCCCAGGACGUCAUAUGUCACCAAGCUAAGAUUGCAGUGCACAGGAAUCACUUGCAGGUGACCAUCUUUAGGAAUUAAACUGCAAGGAAAAGGCCUUGAGUUGCAAGUCUGAUUCAGAUGUCACCUGUUACGACAGAUUGCCGGCCCCUUGAGGGUGCUGUUUAACUUGGUCAUUUUACUGCAGUUUCUAGGUACGCAGGGUAUGAUUGGUGUAAGAGAGCAGGGGUAAUCAUUCUUCAGCUUUGCGAAGAGUACAUUUAUAUACAAAAAUAGGAGAGAAAGCGAGAGUCAGCCUUCCUUAAAACAAAACCAUUUCAAUAGCUACUAACAGCUUCACACCAAAUUUUGAAUGAGAAGCAACUACUGGUACUUCAGAAGUUAUUCUUUGUCAUUAAAAAGGAAGUCACUGUACUGUUAGGAUGAGCUUCAGCUUAAGGACCUCUGAAUAAAACCACAACUUUUAUAAUAAUGAGCCUUUUUAUACCUUCCUGUCAGCUGCUCCAUGCUUCUUUAUAGUAAAUGAUGCACUGAUUUGUUUAUCUGUAGUUUUCUUUUCUUUUUUUGUCAGCACUAUUGACUAACCUGUUGUUUCAUUGCAGCCUGUUAUAUCAAAGCAAAUUACUUAAGUUGCACUAUGAUUUAAUGACUUCAAUCAGUGUUUUUAGGUGUGGCUUUCAUCGUGGGGGUGGGGAAUUUGCACCCAUGCACACACACAACAACAGGUUUUCUUUUAGGGCUGCUAGCACCAACCAACUAGGCUUUGAUGAAAAAAAAUAUACCCCCUGCUACUGACCUUUGGUCACUGCUGCUAGAGUCUUACUUGCCCCCCCCCUCCACUGACUGAGCAACAGUGCAUAAAAUAGAAUAUCCUCAAGCUGGAGACAUUAACAGUCAUACCCCAGUUAGUGCUAUUCGUAAUUUAUCUCAUGCUUCAUAUUUCCCCCCUUUCUUUAGGCUGUGUGGACUUGCAAGAAAUGGAAUGUAUGUGGGGAUUUGUGUACAUAAGCAUGUAUUCUGAGCAUGGUGGUGUGGACUGCCUAGUUCCCAGGUGGCAACAGCGGAUUCUUAUGUGUCUGCAAUGGGGUUGUAAUGUGAAACUGCCCCAUAAAUUUAGGCAACUGUUGGGGGAUGACAUAAUGGUUAAAGUGUUUACCUCACAGACACAACUUCUUUGUAAUGCCUGAGGAAGCAGCUUUUUUCUGUUAGUGUUUAUACUUGAGUGUUUACUUGCAAAUAAAUAGUUUUUAUCCA